GGAGUUUAGAACGUGUUCUUUUAUUGUAAAGGGGAAUUCUGGAGAGAUGUCUCUAUAAAAUUGAACAUUUACAAUCGGGAGAGAAAGCCCUUAAGCAAAUGGUCUUAAUUGUGUUGGAAUUCUUGAUUCUCAGCUGAGGAAAGGCUUCGAUUAAAAUCUGCGAUAAGGGGGCUCUUUUGUCCUUAAGCCCAUAUUUUCCCUGUUUUGUGUUUUAAUUUUUGAUUUGAACUUCUGAUCCUUCCAUCUCCACAUCCAGAGUGCUGGGAAGAGUGUUAGAAUUGAUGUGCACCCUAUGCUGUUUUCAUGUGGUGCUGAAGAUGGAAGCCAGGGCUUCGAGCAUGCUAGGCAAGCACUCUUACCGACUAAGCUAUAUAAUACAUUUCUAUCUUUUUUUUAAUCCUGUCUCCAACCCAACCGACUCCCCACCUCUCACCCCCCACCCCGACCCGGACCACUAGCGUCCUCAGAGUCUGCAUGGCUCCACCCGUCAUUGGUAAUUAACUUUCAGUGGCUUGGACCAGAGAAGCUUCAGGAAGAUUGCAUAGAGAGAGAGGUGCCUUCUCAAGAGAUGCCCGGUGGGCGGCUCCAUUCAAGCUCACAACCCAGCCACGGGGCACCCAAGUGGAGCUGAUGAUGAAUGAAAGGUAGAGAAGGGGGGUGGAGUCAGGGGCGGGUCUUGCUCUGGGCGUGGUCUGGCAGGCUCUGUGGUCCCAGCUGUGCCGCCGCGGGUGAAACUGCCUUCGUAGACCCGCACGGCUUCCGCCGAAGAGGAGGAGCCACGCAGAGGCAGCUUCGGCCUUCAGCGCCACGGAAGACCCACCCUUCCGCUGUUCACAGACUCCGCCGAAUUUUCCCCCGAGGGCGUGGCUGUUAUUAAGGGGGCGUGCCCUCUCUCGAGGAGGCGCAGUCCCAAGCAGGGACAAUUCUGCCAAUGCCGCAGCUGGCAGUCCCCUAAACUGGCCUGGAGAGGGCGUGGCUGCAGCUGAGAAGACUUGGUCACCGCUCCGGGGCGGGAUUGUUGCUUGAUGGGCGUGGUUAUCGCCGUGAAGGGCGGAGCCGCCCAAUGACAGUUCCAACAGGCAGAGCCGGCAAGCCUCUUCUCACCCUGCAGAGGGCGGAUCUGUCUCCGAGGGGCGAGGCUGCAGCUGCGGAGGCGGAGCCGCGCAGGGGCAGUUCCAGCCGGCCGCGUCGCGCGCGCGCCCCGCCCCUGCCGCAGCUCGCAGGCCCGCCCCGGCCCGCCCCUCCGCGCUUCUCAGGCAGCGGCAACGCGGAGCCGGUGUCCCUCAAGCCUGGUGUGGGAGUGCAGCGGGACAGCAUCGCCGAACCCGGAGCGGAGCGCUCGGCUCCGGCCCCGCGCUCCCCGCCUCCCGCCUUCUCGGGCCGGCGGCGGGCGAGCUCGCGGGCCCGGCCCCAGCUCUCCGGUGCCCCGCCGGUUGCCGGCGGUCCCCGCCCCCCGCCGAGUGCAUGAGGUUGACGCUACUUUGUUGCACCUGGAGGGAAGAACGUAUGGGAGAGGAAGGAAGCGAGUUGCCUGUGUGUGCGAGCUGUGGCCAGAGGAUCUAUGACGGCCAGUACCUCCAGGCCCUGAAUGCUGACUGGCAUGCAGACUGCUUCAGGUGCUGCGAGUGUAGCGUCUCCCUUUCACACCAGUACUACGAGAAGGAUGGACAGCUCUUCUGCAAGAAGGACUACUGGGCCCGCUAUGGCGAGUCUUGCCACGGGUGCUCCGAGCACAUCACCAAAGGGCUGGUCAUGGUGGCUGGGGAGCUGAAGUACCACCCUGAGUGUUUCAUCUGCCUCGCCUGUGGAAACUUCAUUGGCGAUGGGGACACCUACACACUGGUGGAGCACUCCAAGCUGUACUGUGGCCAGUGCUACUACCAGACCGUGGUAACUCCAGUCAUCGAACAGAUCCUACCUGACUCACCCGGCUCCCACCUGCCCCACACAGUCACCCUCGUGUCUAUCCCAGCCUCUGCCCAUGGCAAACGAGGCCUGUCUGUCUCCAUCGACCCCCCUCACGGCCCACCAGGAUGUGGCACGGAGCAUUCGCACACUGUCCGAGUCCAAGGAGUGGACCCAGGCUGCAUGAGCCCAGAUGUGAAGAAUUCCAUCCACGUUGGAGACCGGAUCUUGGAAAUCAAUGGCACGCCCAUCCGGAAUGUGCCGCUGGACGAGAUCGACUUGCUGAUCCAGGAGACCAGCCGCCUGCUCCAGCUGACCCUCGAGCACGACCCCCAUGACUCACUGGGCCAUGGGCCCGUGUCGGAUCCCAGCCCCCUGAGCUCCCCGGUGCACACUCCCAGCGGACAGGCAGCCAGCUCUGCCCGGCAGAAACCUGUCUUGAGGAGCUGCAGUAUUGACACGUCCCCGGGUACCAGCUCACUAGCCUCUCCAGCCUCCCAGCGCAAGGACCUGGGUCGCUCCGAAUCCCUCCGAGUGGUCUGCCGACCACACCGAAUCUUCCGGCCAUCUGAUCUCAUCCAUGGGGAAGUGCUGGGCAAGGGCUGUUUUGGCCAGGCCAUCAAGGUGACACACCGAGAAACAGGCGAGGUGAUGGUGAUGAAGGAACUUAUCCGGUUUGAUGAGGAGACCCAGAGGACAUUCCUCAAGGAGGUAAAGGUCAUGCGCUGCCUGGAGCACCCUAACGUGCUCAAGUUCAUCGGAGUGCUCUACAAGGACAAGCGGCUAAACUUCAUCACAGAGUACAUCAAGGGCGGCACCCUGCGGGGCAUCAUCAAGAACAUGGACAGCCAGUACCCGUGGAGUCAGAGGGUCAGCUUUGCCAAGGACAUUGCAUCAGGGAUGGCCUACCUCCAUUCGAUGAACAUCAUCCACCGAGACCUCAACUCCCACAACUGUCUGGUCCGUGAGCCUUCACAGACACCACCUGAGGUAGCCCAGGCUACCCAGGCAGCAGCAACAACUGCAACAGUGUGUGGGCAGGGGCAUCUGGGCAGACUUCUUGAAUUGGAGACUUGGCAGAGGCAUGUCCGUGGAGGCCAAGAGGAUAAGAGGCAAUCAGCCCCAAGUUUACAGAAUAGGAACGUGGUGGUGGCCGACUUUGGGCUGGCUCGACUCAUGAUCGAUGAAAAGAAUCAGUCUGAAGACUUACGCAGCCUUAAGAAGCCGGACCGCAAGAAGCGGUACACAGUGGUGGGCAACCCCUACUGGAUGGCGCCAGAGAUGAUCAAUGGUCGUAGUUAUGAUGAAAAGGUGGACGUGUUUUCCUUUGGAAUUGUCCUCUGUGAGAUUAUCGGGCGUGUGAAUGCAGACCCUGACUAUCUGCCCCGCACUAUGGACUUUGGCCUCAAUGUAAGGGGUUUCCUGGACCGCUACUGUCCACCAAACUGUCCCCCAAGUUUCUUCCCCAUCACUGUGCGCUGCUGUGACCUGGAUCCUGAAAAGAGACCCUCUUUUGUAAAGCUGGAACAAUGGCUAGAAACACUUCGCAUGCACUUGUCUGGUCACCUGCCACUGGGCCCACAACUGGAACAACUGGAGCGGGGCUUCUGGGAGACCUACCGGCGGGGCGAGAGCUCACUGCCUGCCCACCCCGAGGUCCCUGACUGAGCUCAGCGGGCCCCACCAUCUGCAUCCCUACCUUUGGAGACGAUACCCUCACCAGAUUUCUCAGCAGGGGUGGCCUAGGCCUGGAGCCCUCAGCCAGGGCCGUGGUGCCCACACCCAUCCCCCAGACCCAGGCCCUGACCUGCCUUUUCCCCUCAUGCAGGGUGCCCCCCAGCCUCUCUCUGCCUCUGGCCCCCAAGUCACCAGGCUGCACACACACGUGGUCGGUCACAUUGCCCUGCCUUACCUCCCAGGGGCCAACCCCUCACUGGUCUUGCAUGAGCUAGAGGGUUGGGAAGCUGGGCUCAUUCCACGCAUUGCCUGCAGCCAUCUGCACACUGCACCUGCUGGCAGCUCCUCCCCAGCAAGGCUGGGCUAGAAGGCAGCUUUAGAAGUGAGCCCCUCUAAUGCCAAGGGAGCGGCUCUGUGCCCAGGAACCCAAGGGGAGGCUAGGAUCCCCUUGGGGAAAUCCAGGUAGCAUCAGGUAUUGACAGGGAUCUGAAUCCCAAAGCAGAGAGAGAGGUCCAACCCCGUGUGGCCAGGCAGUGGCCCCUCACUCUUGCUUAGUGUCCAUCUCAUUUCUUGAUCAAAGCCACUUUAGUGAGAAAUAGGUACCAGUCCUCAGGACGAGCCAGGAUCCCUCAGGGGAGAGGGCAGACGAUGCCUGGGAUCCAGCUGACAGGAGGGUCCAGCCCGCACUACAGAGGCUGGGCAGAGGGAAGGAGGCAGCCACCCACCAGCACCCCAGCCCUCCAGGGUCAUCUCAGCACCCAGGCCUCUCCCCAUGGCUGGGGCAGCCCCGCCCCCUCCCUGGGUGCAUCUGCCCUCUGAGUUCUUUCUGUGUGAUCUAUUUUUUAAGAAGAGUUUGUAUUAUUUUUUCAUAACGGCUGCAGCAGCAGCUGCUGGGGGUUUAGGGGGAUGGUUUUGUUUUGUUGUUUUGUUUUGGUUUAGGUGGGUGGGGGUGGGAGGGCCAUGUCUUCACUCCGCUUCAGUUGACCAUCUAGGGCAUAUUAAACUGUGAAGCUUUCCCAGUGCACUUUGAAUAUGGAAGAGAAUUUGAGCAGACCCCCGCGGGACCAAGACUGAAAGAGGCAAGGUCUCCUUGCCUCGGCCCAGUGAUCAUGACAGGAAUGAACCCAAACUCAGAACAAUAAAAUCAAUUCUGUGCUCCCCACGCGGGGCUUGCA